GCAAGUCGCUAUCACAAGCAUGACAGCGAGCAGACCGUACCGGGAGCUGUCGAGGUAGCCUACAGCCAGGAGAAUUCUCUCUUCGGGUGUAUCUGUUCGUAAUUUCACCUCCGUAGAAAAAAAAUAGACGGCGCUAACAUCGAAUAUCUGCAUUAAAAAAUCUACGUAAUUCCAUCGCUGAAAAGAAAGACUUCAUGAAGACGACAAACGAUACAGGAGUGGAUUUUGCAAGGAUUCGUCGGAUCAGUUCGUGUAACAAGAUUUUUUUUCAUUUUUUUUUAUUUUUGGACACAACAGGCACAUGUGUUAAUGGAUAAACCUAUUUGCAUCUUUGGCCAGGCCUACGCAUAUGUAAAAGCUGAAACUUGUCAGACAAAUUAGUCUAUCCUGUCGGGCUAUCGUUGCACUGUACGGUGGCCACUGAAAUAGGCGAUUAACGUUUUCAUCAAAAUUAUUUAGAAAGAAUAAUAGGGUAGAUCGCUCAAUUGGGAUUUCAUUGGUAUUUCAAAAGUUGUUUCUCAAUAGUUGCUUUGGCUAGUUGUAGGUUUGGCACAACUUUGCUAAACUAUUUCAGCUGAGGCCAAAUUAAGACUCAGAGCGUUCGCUCCUAUUGUAGAGAGCUAUCCACUGAGAUGUAGACUACUACCAUAUAUUUUUUAAAGCAAAGCAUAGAUCGGUAUAUGUUAUAAAUGAAGAAACUUUGGGUCUCUUUGGACACCAUCAAUACACAAGAAAUCAUUGUCCGGACUGUCCAUGACUGGAAUUCUGUGAUCUGAUUAACAAUACCCCACGGAAUACUCUUGGAUUUGCCCGAUGACACCGAAAUGACGGAUAAGAUAAUGAGAUCAUUCUUCUUUAAGACCUAAAAGAUUCUGGUGUUGAGGUGAUGGACACAGGUUGAGCACACCAUGAGCUCAAGGUUGCUUGUAGCGAUCACCAUAGUGAUACUGGGCGAAAAUGUCAGUUUGGCCAGCGAUGCGUCUUCAUUCAUUCUGCCGUUCACUGACUGCAUUCAGAGCAAAGGCAAGGCAGGAUACUACCAGGGAUCGAUAGACGUCACCGAGUCCGGCGGAAAAUGCAUGAACUGGAGCGAUGUCGCCGGCGUCAAGGACAGGUAUCCUGGCAAAGGAUUGGGGGACCACAAUUUCUGCCGAAAUCCUGACGGCAGGAUCCGACCCUGGUGUUUCUUCAGAAACAAUCGAGGGCGGAUAGAUUGGGGCUACUGCGACUGUAAACAAGGGUCGGUGCGGCUGCAGGGUGGGCGGAGCAAGCUGGAGGGCACCGUGGAGGUGUACCUGAAUGGGGCGUGGGGCGCCAUCUGCAGCAACGGCUGGGGGGACGGGGAGGCAGCCGUGGUCUGCCGACAGCUGGGACAGGGGUUUAAGGGUCGUGCCCGACACAACCCCCUGUCGCGGCUGAGCUUCUCAUUGGUCCACUGGAGCUCAGUGCAUUGUGGGGGACACGAGCACGACCUCCUGCAGUGCCUGAAGACGGCGUGGAACGGCGGGGAGUGCGCCAACCGGCAAGUCGCUGCCGUCACCUGCACCCAGCAGGAAGCGGCCGCGUUCGUUCCCGUGCGGCUGGUCGGCGGCGGCUCCGGGCGCGAGGGCCGGGUGGAGGUGUACCACGCCGGGCAGUGGGGCACGGUGUGCGACGACCAAUGGGACGACGCCGACGCCGAAGUCGUCUGCAGGCAGCUGGGAUUGGGCGGGACGGCCAAGGCUUGGGGGCAGGCCUAUUUCGGGGAGGGGUCCGGCCGGGUCCUGCUGGACGAGGUGGGGUGCACCGGGAACGAGCUCUCCGUGGAGCAGUGUCCCAAAAGCGCCUGGGGGGAGCACAACUGCGAGCACCGCGAGGACGCGGGGGUGUCCUGCACCCCUCUUACAGAUGGGUCCCUGCGGCUGGUGGGGGGGUCCGGCAGUUUCGAGGGGCGCCUGGAGGUCCAUUACAAAGGACAGUGGGGGACGGUCUGCGAUGACGGCUGGACGGACUCCAACACUCAGGUGGUGUGCAGGCAGCUGGGGUUUCGGUCUGGAGUGGGUGCGUCGCCGGGGCUGUUCGGGGAGGGGGCGGGGCCCAUCCUGGUGGAUGAUGUCAGCUGUACGGGGAAGGAGCCCGCCCUCACCCACUGCGGCCGCAGGGAGUGGAAGAAGCACGACUGCACCCACCAGGAGGACGUGUCAAUCACCUGCAGCCCCGAGCGCGUCGCCCACGGCGUCCCAGCUAGCGUGCCUCUCCGGCUGGUGGGUGGAGAGACUCCCACGGAGGGCCGGGUGGAGAUCUACAUCCACGGGCAGUGGGGCACCAUCUGCGACGACGGGUGGACCGACAGGGAUGCGGACGUGGUCUGCAGACAGCUGGGCUACACGGGUCAGUCCAAGGCCCGGACCAUGGCCUACUUCGGCGAGGGCGAAGGUCCCAUCCACGCGGACAACGUGAAGUGCGCCGGGGGCGAGCGAUCUCUGGCCGACUGCAUCAAGCAGCCGGUGGGCACGCACAACUGCCGACACCAGCAGGAGGCCACGUAUGUAAUGCGGAUAGGCUACACCCUGAGGAAGCUCUCGUCUCUCGUAGAUCCCGUCGCCUCGCUGUGCGGCCUGCGGCUGACGCACACUCGGCAAAAACGCAUCAUCGGCGGGGAGAAUUCUUUGAGAGGGGGCUGGCCGUGGCAGGCUGCGAUCAGGCUGAGGGUGUCCCAGGGGGAGGGCAGGCUGGUGUGCGGAGCGACGCUGAUCAGCAGCUGCUGGAUCCUCACCUCAGCCCACUGCUUCAAGAGGUACUCGCGUCGUACGCACGGCUACGUCGGUCGCGCUACGCUGGUGCCGGAGGAGUUCGAGGCGGAGUACGGGGUGGAGGAGGUCGUGCUCCACCCGAACUACAGGCCCCACAGCAACGACUACGACCUGGCGCUGGUGCGGCUGUUCGGGCGGGACGGGCGGUGCGCGGUGCUGAGUCGCCACGUCCUGCCGGCCUGCCUGCCCCGUCACCGGGAGAGGGUGCUCCGCCUGGCCUCCACCUGCUUCAUCACCGGCUGGGGCGACACAGGGCGGGCCUACUCCAGGACCCUGCAGCAGGCCUCCAUCUCGCUGCUGAGCAGGAGGCGGUGCGAGGCGAGCUACCCGGGCCAGUUCACCGGCCGGAUGCUGUGCGCCGGCAACGCCGCCGAGGACAAGUGGGUGGACAGCUGCCGCGGCGACAGCGGGGGGCCGCUGGUCUGCGAGCGGCCCGGCGGCGGCGGGGGGUGGGUGGUCUACGGGGUCACCUCCUGGGGGCACGCCUGCAGGCUGCAGGACUCGCCGGGGGUCUACACCAAAGUCUCGGCCUUCGUGCCCUGGAUCAGGCGAGUGACAGGCCUGUAGCCCCGCCCACAUCCGCAUCCCCCUCUCCACCCCCCCUCCCUGCGGGAAUGACUGCACUCACACGGCCCGGCAGGGGGUCUAUUCUGUCUUACCGUCACCCCCCCCCCCCAAAAAAAAAACUAGUGGCACGGUUUUUAAAAAAAAUUUUUUAAACGUUUCUUUGUUUGUCUGUCCUUGUUCUGUCAGCCCUGUAAAGUACUUCUAUUUUAUUUGCUCUUUUACCUGUUUAAUCGUUUUUAAAUGGUUGUUUUCAGCACUUCUCUGUUUGAAUGGGACCACUUGUGAUACAGUAAAGCAGUACGCAGCAGUCCUUGAGCAGGCUGGCAGAUUUUCUGGCUUUUUUUGGUCCAGCCGUUCAGCCCUGGCUUCAUGUACUACUACACCACUGCACUCACCAAUGCAGGUUCAGUCCUGUCAUAGACCACAUGACACACACAUACAUACACAUAUCAGACGAGCAGCUGUGCUCAUUUACAAGCCAGGGGCAGGAGCUGGUUCGGGCAGCAGUGUAAUGUAAUGGGCAGCGGUGUAGUUUAAUUAGGAAACCAGGCUCACAACCAGGAGGUUGCGGGUUCGAUUUCCACCUGGCGCACAGUCCUUGUACCCCUUUGGCAAAGGUGCUCAACCUGAAACGCUUCAGCAAAUAUCCAGCCGUAUAAUUAGAUUGUAUGUAAAACGUAAAAAUGCUAAAAAGCUAAAUUGUAAUGUAAUGUAAUUUAAAUGUAAUGAAGCUGGCAAAAAUAAAUUUAGGGUUGUCCCAUGUGGUGCACCCCUGGAAUAAACUCCUAGCAGAGGACAAAGAAGAGAACUGGCCCGUCUCUGGGAUACAACGCACACUGCACAGUCUCUCAAGCUCCCAGUGCGGACGGUGCAAACCUUGCACUAUAAAUGCCAGAUUCUAAAUGAGCGUAGUCCCUGGUCACACAGUGUACUGCAGUGGGGUAUAGGGGGGAGCUGUGGAGGGCAUGGGGCUCCUCAGCAAGACUGGGCUGGGGAAGAACUCCUCUCGAAUGUCAUUACAUCGCUAAAUGAAUCAAUGUGUAGGACACUAGCAUUUGUUGUUGUAUUAACUUAUGUACUUUUCAGUGUUGACCUUCAUGACAUGGUGCUAUUGUUGUUGUGAGAUUUUUUUUUUGCUGUAUGAUGCUAGUCCUGUGACACUAAGUCCAGUCCUUCUCUUCAGGGUGUUGCAGUUUUGAACAGGAGAUAAUCCAGCUAAGCUGAAGAAAUUGUAAUUCCUGAUUAAAAUUAUCAUUAUUUUUCUUCCCCCCUGUCACACUAACUCGGUGGGUCUGGAACAGAAAUACAACAUUAAACUACCUGAGAUGUUGUCAGUCGGAUUUACCGGAUUGUAAGUUAGCUUUGAACGUAUUACUGUCUUUUAACUGUUGCUUUUCUACAGGUUAAAUGUGUUAUGUCAAUAUUGGGCAUGGUUUACAUCUUUUAAAGAAAAUGAAGUAUAAUGUUCAUGGAAAAAAUGCAUUGAAUAUUGAGAAUUAAACAUUUCAAAUACA